UGGACCUUUGGAUCUGCUAUGUCAUUAAGGUACCAAACCCCCAUCCUUCCCUCUCCGUUUUCACCUAUAAAUAGAUAUUGCAGUAAGGAUUGAUGAAGUCAGUCCAAAGCACAAAAUUUUCAGCUUUUUUAUUUCUUCAGAGUUGGUAUUUGUAACCUUGGCAAAAAUGGCCGAUAAGUUGAACAAUAUUGCAACGCAGGUGCCGGAAUCUGAGACUGGCAUGAAACUCGCUGGAAUUCAAAACCAGGCGAUUGUGCAAUCACUCUACAGGGCAUUGGCUCAUGGGGAGAUGGACAGCGUGUCCAAGCUUUUAGCAAGCGACCUAGAAUGGUGGUUCCAUGGCCCUCCGAAAUGCCAACACAUGAUGAAGAUGCUCACGGGUGAGUGGAGCCAGGCCACGUUUCGGUUCGAUCCCAGAAGCAUAGAAAUGGUUGGUGAUUCGGUGAUUGCUGAGGGAUGGGAAGGUGCAAAAGCUUAUUGGGUUCACGUAUGGACGGUGAAAGAUGGUCUGAUAACACAAUUCCGGGAGUACUUCAAUACAUGGCUCACGGUGAGGGACCUGCGGCCACCGCGUUGGGAAAGUAGACAAGUGAACCACACUUUGUGGCAGAGCCACCUGCGCGAUCUUGCUUGCCGCUCGUUGCCUGGCCUUUUGCUUGCAAUUUAGUGGCGGAAGACAGGACCUGAAAUUAUUUAAUGGACCUUCCCUAUUAAAUUGUCUAUCUUUUGUGGGGAUGUAAAUUAUGUGACUGUGACCAUUAUAUUAUUGCAUGUGGGCUGUUAGAAUGAUUAUUAACGAGAAAUGGCUUAGUGAUUGUCUUGUUAAAA